AUGCAGCGCAAGCGGUCAGUAUUGCAGCUGUACAUGCAGUGUCUACGGUCGGCGCGCAGGUGUCCACAAUGGGAACAGCGUGAGAUGAUGAAGACGUACGUGAAGAUGAAGUUUUACGAUGAGAUUAAUACACAGGAUCCAGAUCGAGUGCAGGCGUUGCUAGCGGAUGGAAGAGAGGAACUUGAGCGUAUGAACUACUAUCACUCCAUCUACGAGACCAAACAAAGAGUGAAGAAGACUACUGCAGUCGCAGCUUCUGUUGAUACUGCAAAAAGUGAUAGCAAGCGACCACUUGACUGCUCGCACUGUCAGGCUACGUAUCCGUCAGAUCAGGCUAAUUUUUGCGCUAAUUGUGGUAUAAAGAGAGGACUAAAAAGCUCAUGA